AUGGAGGUCCUACUUGACCGACGCGGACCCGAGAUCCAAAUAAGUGAGGAAGUGGUCCUUGCUGCUGCGGAGAAUUGGAAGAGUGGAGAGGCUGUGAUGAAAGUCCUACUUGACCGACGAGGAACCGAGAUCCAAAUCACUAACGAGGUAGUCCUCGCGGCUGCCAAAAAUGAGGGAAGUGGCGGGGCUUUAAUGAAGCUCCUACUUGAGCGGCGUGGAACCGAUAUCCAGAUAACGGACGUUGUGGUCCUAGCCGCCGUCGAAAAUUGGCAGAGCGAGGACGAUAUGAUUAAGCACCUACUUAACCAACGAGGAGCAGAUAUCCAAAUACUCGACGAGGUGGUCUAUGCCGCCGCGAAAAACCGGGAAAACGGAGACGCGGUGAUGAAGCUCCUACUCGACCGACGAGGAGCCGAUAUCCAAAUUACUGACGAUGUCGUCCUCGCCGCUGUAGAAAAUUGGAGUAGUGAGGAUGCUGUGAUGAAGCUCUUACUCGACCAACAAGGACUGGAUAUCUAUAUCUUAAACGAGGUGGUCCUCGCGGCCGCCAAAAAUCAGAGCAGUGGAGAGGCUUUGAUGAGGAUCCUACUCGACCGAAGAGGAACCGAUAUCCGAAUCAGCGAGGAGAUUGUGGUCGCCGCCGCGGGGAAUAAGGAAAGUGGAGGCGCUAUAAUGAAGGUGCUACUCGACCGACAGGGAACCGAUAUUUAUAUCAGCGAGGAGGCUGUGCUCGCCGCCGCUGGGAACGAAAAAUGUGGAGAGGUUGUGAUGAAGCUCCUCCUCGACCGACGAGGAACCGAUAUCCAAAUCGCCGACGAGGUUGUGGUCGCCGCCGCGGGGAAUGAGGAAAAUGGAAAGGCUAUAAUGAAGCUCCUACUUGACCGACGGGGAGCGGAUAUCCAGAUCACCGAUAAGGUGGUCCUUGCCGCGGCUAAGAACUGGGGAAGUGGAGAGGAGGUGGUGAAGCUCCUCCUCGACCGACGAGGGACCGAUAUCCAAAUCACCGACGAGGUUGUGGUCGCAGCCGCGGGGAAUGAGGAAAGUGGAGAGGUUGUGAUGAAGGUCCUACUUGACCUACGAGGAGCGGAUAUCCAGAUCACCCAUAAGGUGGUCCUUGCCGCGGCCGAGAACUGGGGGAGUGGAGAGGAGGUGAUGAAGCUCCUUCUCGACCGACGAGGAACCGAUAUCCAAAUCACCGAGGAGAUUGUGGUCGCCGCCGCGGGGAAUAAGGAAAGUGGAGGCGCUAUAAUGAAGGUGCUACUCGACCGACAGGGAACCGAUAUUUAUAUCAGCGAGGAGGCUGUGCUCGCCGCCGCGGGGAACGAAAAAUGUGGAGAGGUUGUGAUGAAGCUCCUCCUCGACCGACGAGGGACCGAUAUCCAAAUCACCGACGAGGUUGUGGUCGCUGCCGCGGGGAAUGAGGAAAGGGGAGAGGUUGUGAUGAAGGUCCUACUUGACCUACGAGGAUCGGAUAUCCAGAUCACCUAUAAGGUGGUCCUUGCCGCGGCCGAGAACUGGGGAAGUGGAGAGGAGGUGAUGAAGCUGCUCCUCGACCGACAAGGAAUCGAUAUCCAAAUCACCGAGGAGAUUGUGGUCGCCGCCGCGGGGAAUGAGGAAAGUGGAGGCGCUAUGAUGAAGGUGCUACUCGACCGACAGGGAACUGAUAUGAAAAUCACGGAUCGGGUGCUUCUCGCAGCUAUGGCAAAUAGUAUAUGUGGAGAGUCGGUGCUGAAGGUUAUGCUCAACCUAUAA